CGCUUGGUCAACAACAACAUCAAUACGCAUCAUUUCCUUAUUAUAUGAAUGUGCUCAGUUUACAAACACGUCAGUCAUUAUCACAACAACAGACAAAUAAUAAUUUAUUGAAUAACAAUAACCCACAAUUACAGUCUACAACACCACCAACACAACGACAACAGUCUGCUCAUCCACCACAUCACCAUCAUUUACCGUAUUAUUUGCCGCAAUCUCAACAUAUAAUUUCAUCGAUCCAAUCUAAUGUACCGUACUCAUUUGGAAUGUCAUCUCUAUCUCCAAUGGGACCUGUACAGUCGCCUAGUAAUUACUUUUUACAUCCACAGUUUAUUCCAAAUACUCCUCUUCCAACACUAUCAUCAUCUCAGUCAAUGAAUAUGAUUCCAAGUGGUCCAUUUGUCACUAUUCCACAUCAUAUAAAUCCAUCUACUUCACUGUCUCCAACUGUUGCGACUAACGUUCUGGCCUGUAAUUCGUAUCAACCUUACUCAAUGGAUCAAGCAAUGGAACCAUCAUUGUACGGUUUUAAUCCUGCAAUGACCUUACCAGCUGUUCAUCAAUCCAUGGUCUGUAACGUACUUGGUACUCCACCUCAGCCACAAGUACAAGUACAGCAACAACAACAACAUCAAACCGUUGAGCCGGUUACGUCAUUAGCAUCUAUAAACACUAAUAAUAACAUACACAGUACUAAUAACAAUUAUACCAAUAAUGUUAAUUUGAAUACACUAUCUGAUAGCACAGUUAUUUCAGUCAAUUCACUAUCAUCAGUUAUAUCAUCUGCAUUAACAUCAACUCGUCAGUUGACAACAUCAAAUACUGCUUCUAGUUCUGUUGUUGUACAUCCAUCUAUGUCUGACCAAGGAUCGAUUAUAUCUGAAGGUGAUUCUUGUCGAUUAGCUGAAUCUGUAGCAGAUGGAUUAGGCGAUGAAAACAAUCCAUAUUCUAACAAUAGUAAUUCUUCCGGUGAUUUGUCAUUGAAUAGUAACAAUAAUAAUAAAGAGAAAUUGUCAAGUAUUACAGCGAAAUCAACAGUCAGUGAAUUACAGUCUUUAAAGUUGAAAGCACAAGCUUAUUUAAUUCGAGCAUUUUUCUGUGCAAAAUGUGCCAUUAAGAAGAUAUCAGCUAACCAAUCUAAUGUGAAUACAAAUUUUACUCGUCAAAAUCCUAUUACUGUUUCAAUGCCAUCAAGAAGUAUGCGAGGAAAGCAUCAUCAUUAUCAUAUGCAACAAAGCCAUCGCGGAAAUUCAACAAAUCAUUCACAACGUAGACAUUUCAUGCAAACUGAUACUAAUAAUACUAACAGUAAUUGUAUGCUUUCAACUAGUACACGAAAUACCAUAAUAACAAAUGAUCAAAAUAAUUGUUUACCAUCGGAGAAUUCAUCAUCAUUAUUUCUUAUACCUGGUGCAUCAUCACCUUGUAGAGCAUCGAAUCAAGUCAGAAUAUCAUCAGCUAAUGUUAGCUCAGAUUUUAAUUUGAUCAAUGCUACUACUUCUACUACUACUACUACUACCACUACUAAUACUAAUACCAAUUCAAAAUCAUGUAGUGCACAUAUACUGUGGACUUUAGAUGUCGCUAGUAGUUUAGGUCCGUUGGCUGUGAAUGAAUAUUGUGACUUAGUUUUACAAUGUGUCAAUUGUCCUUUGUUAAUGGAACAAAUCACUUCGAAAGUUAUUGACUAUUUUGAAAAAUAUACAAAAACGCAUACACCAUCUUGUAGCGUUAAUAAUGGUAGAGGCGGCCUAGCCAAUAUGCAACAAACCUACAUUGAUGUUUCCUCACCAAAUAGAGUCAUUUCUGAUAACAGUGAUAAAAAUUUAAACUUUUGUUCAAAUAUAUCUCAAGAUUUUGUCAAUCAAUCUCAUAUGCCUAAUCAGUUAUGGACGACUUCAUUGGCCUCUGUUAUUCCUGUGUCUAAUUGGACAACCAAUUCCAAUCCCCAUAAUCUGCACGAUGUUGUUCAUCCUCUGAUUUCUUUACCUUUUCCUCAUUCUGAUCCCAAUAACGUAAAUUCCACGUUUAAUUAUCAUUCUUUCAUAUCACCAUCAAUACUUCCACCGAAUAAUCCAUCUUGGUCACAUUCGUCUGUUCGACCUGUCAGUUAUCCUAUACUACGACAAAAUUUAUGUUCUAAACAAUUACAGGAAAACAUUUGUCGUUUUAAACAAAUGAAUUUAAAUUCUGAGUCAAAUAUAAAUGCUAGUCCGUACAUUCUUUCCAACAAUAAACCAAAUAAUUUAAAUGUUGUUUUAAAUCAAUUACCUUUUUAUAAUCAGCAGACAAAUUUAUGGCCAAUGAACCCACUGUCUUAUAUUCGUCCUGUUCCUGCUCCUCCACCCCAUACAGUAACACCUAGUCCUCUGACACAUCACCAUCAAAAUGACUUGUAUCUGAAUUCAGUGAUGACAACAACAACGGGAGCACUAGGAAUUCAUCAUGACAGUUACGCCACAAUAGAUGAACCAAUAAAACCAAAAACAGUUGAAUUUAGCGGUAGAGAUGUAAUAGAAAAUUUGAUUAAUCAUACACACACAUUAUUUCAAAAAUAUAUUGAUCAAAGACUUCAGUAUAUUGGACAAAGUCAAGCUGAGUGGGAUGAAUUCGUUGAUUUAAUUUUAAAAGCGUAUAAUGUUCACUUAAGUAUGCCCGCUAUUGAUUGUGGUUUACAUUGGAAUAACUUACUGACACGUAUUCGUCGUCAUCAAAAGUGUAGUCCAGCUUUGUGGCAGCGUAUUUUAGCUGGUAUACAAACCGCUGAUUUAAAAAGAUCAACUUAA